GCCUUUUUCUCUUUUCGAUCGGACAAGCCACGACAUUUGUCUUAAUGCCAACAACGAAACACACACUCUCUCUCUUCUCUCAAAGUUCUCUCACACCUUUUGAGAGAUCAUCUUCUUCAUUCUCUCUUUAAACACUUUACAUCACUCUUCAAAGUUUUGUUUUGUUUCUGGAGACACAACAUGAGGAAGACAUCUCUUUCUUCUUCUUCUUCUUCUAACACCUUUGGUGGGUUUCUAAGUCCCGGAGCUCCGAGUUAUACCCAUACCAACAAAGGUUGGAGCUCCGAGAGACUCCCACAUCCUCCCUCUAAGUCCCCAGCACUAAACGGCCUCCCUCGUCGCCGCAUCGGGUCCACCUCGGCUUUAACGACGCCGUUUUACAGCGGAAGAUCGAUACCUUCGAAAUGGGAAGAUGCUGAGCGGUGGAUUAGUGUUAGCUCUCAGUUCUCCAAGCAGAGACGGGAGAAGUCUAAGAGUGGUCCCAUUGUUCCUCCUCCGACGCUGCCGCGUCAGAGGAUGGCGAUGGAAGCUCCUCAGGGGAGUGUGAAGAAGGGCUUCACGGUGGUUGGCUCGCCGUUCUCGACGGGUGUUUUGGAGGCGGAGAGGGUUUUUAGAGGGAGUGUCGGUGGUGGACAUGGACAUGGACAUAGUCAGAGCUGUGCUGAUUUGAUUAGUGAUGAAACUUCUUCACUUAGCUCCAAAACUGAUAUUGAGGAGAAAGGAGAGGAGACAAUUGUGGUUACAAGAAGAGAUAUAGCAACUCAGAUGACUCCUAAUAAUAAUAAUAAUAAUAAUAAUUACUCUUCUCAAGAGUUAUCUCCACCAUUGGUUGUGUCUGUGGUUGAGACUGAUAAUCAUUGUAGAGAGGUGAAGAUGGAUAAAGGAGCAAGGAUGAUAAAGCGUCCUAAGAGACGAGUUUUGUCUUCUUCUUCUUCUACUAGGAUUAUAAGGAGGGAUCAGCAUGAGGUUGAAGACAACCCUAAAGCUUCUUCAUGGGAUAUCUCAGAACCAGCCAUGACUCUUUUUAAGUUGCAUAGAGAAGAAGCUAAGAUAGCAGCUUGGGAAAAUCUGCAGAAGGCUAAAGCAGAAGCUGCCAUGAGAAAACUUGAGGUGAAGCUGGAGAAGAAGAAAUCAGCAUCAAUGGAUAAGAUCUUCAACAAACUUCAAACAGCUAAGUUGAAAGCACAAGAGAUGAGGAGAAGUACAGUCACCAGUGACCAUCAUCAAAAAGAACAACAAAUCUCUAGGAACUCAGCCAAGGUCACUCAUCUUGUCCGAAGACAUACGUUCAUGACACCUUUCAUUACUUGCUUUGUUCCUCGUGUUGAUUGCAGAAAAUCUUCAUCUGCUCUCUAAACUUUGUUUCUUUCUAAAAACACAAACAAAUGUACACUGCAAAUGUUCUUGUAAAUCUUCUUAUAUGUUUCAACAACACAAAGCAGGUUCACCAUAACAAGUAAAUAGUUAAAUGGUAUCUGACAAGUGAAGCUUAAUACAAAUGACAAAGCAAGAGCUAAUGAUAAUGUCUUGUCUUGGUGGCAUUAGUAUGGUCGGUACCUCCAGUCUGAUCUUGAUGGUCUUG